GCCGCGGCACAAAGGAGCGGGGCCGGGCUGGGCUGGAGCGGAGGGGCGCGGGCCCCGCCGCGGGGCCGGGGGGCUGAGGGACGGAACGGAACGGGAAAGGAAGGAACGAUGCCAAAUUGUCCCUGAAGCCAGAGCCAGCCACAAUGACUUGCUGCCCCUGAUAAAGGCUUGCAGAGUGCUGCUUUUCUGGAUACAACUGUGUCUGUGCCCCAGAGAAGUACAGUCCACUUCUGUCACAGUGCUUUGUGAGCAAGCCCAACUGUUCCUGAACUGAACCCAAGUAAGGGGUUGGUACUUGAUGCUUCUCUGGGUUGAGAAUCCAGUUGAUGUAAAGAUGUGUUUACACUCAGGUGGACUGAGUGCUUCCCUGUUCAAUCUCUUGCUCAUUGAGAUAGGCCUUAACUCUAAGGCCUCCUUCUGGAUGACCAAUGUGUAUUUUAACCCAUUAUCUCUGCAACUAAGCCUCCGACUUGCCCUCCAUUCCAGCUGGUAGCAACGCUUAGGAUGCGAAGCAGUCCCCGUUCAGGACGGCACAAACCUUGCUCUUGAAGCUUUCUAGAUGAUUGUAGUUGCUUUGGUUGUGUUCUAUGCUAGCAGAAGCCUUUUUCGAGCUUUGCUCUCCACUCUAGAGCCCCACAUUCCCCUUUUACUGGGAAGGAUGGGCAACUCCUGUGUCUGCCGUGAUGACAGUGGAGCUGAAGACAACGUGGAGCCUCAGGGUGGGCAAACAGCCAGCAGCCGAGUGCACGUGCCUGAAGCCAGAAGCCAGCCCAGGGACCCCGUCCGUCCGCCCAGGAGGGGCCGAGGGCCCCACGAACCCAGGAGGAAAAAGCACAAUGUGGAUGGGCUGGUGCUUGACACACUGGCUGUGAUUCGGACGUUGGUGGAUAAUGACCAGGAGCCUCCUUAUUCAAUGAUCACGUUGCAUGAAAUGGCAGAAACAGAUGAAGGCUGGUUGGAAGUUGUCCAGUCUUUAAUUAGAGUUAUUCCAUUAGAAGAUCCCCUGGGACCAGCUGUUAUAACGCUGCUACUUGAUGAGUGUCCACUGCCAACAAAAGAUGCAUUACAAAAGUUAACUGAAAUAUUAAACUUAAGUGGAGCUGCUGCUUGCCAGGAUGCCUGUCACCCUGCCAAACACCGCAACACAACUGCAGUCCUGGGCUGCUUAGCAGAGAAGUUAGCAGGUCCUGCAAGUAUAGGCUUACUCAGCCCAGGGAUAUUGGAAUACCUACUCCACAGCUUGAACUUCCAGUCCCAUCCAACAGUGAUGCUUUUUGCACUAAUAGCACUGGAGAAGUUUGCACAAACAAGUGAGAAUAAAAUGACAGUGUCAGCAUCGUGCAUCAGUGACCAACUGGUCUUGCUGGAGAAAUGGUCAGACAAUGCCGACUACUUGAAGCGCCAGGUUGGGUUCUGUGCCCAGUGGAGUUUAGACAAUCUGUUUCUAAAAGAAGGCAGGCAGUUUACAUAUGAGAAGGUUGACUUGACCAACAUUAGGGCUAUGCUGAACAGUAACGACGUCAGCGAGUACCUGAAGAUCUCCCCACAUGGAUUAGAGGCUCGCUGCGACGCCUCGUCCUUUGAAAGCGUCAGAUGUACCUUCUGCGUGGACUCUGGUGUGUGGUACUAUGAGGUGACAGUCAUUACUUCAGGAGUGAUGCAGAUAGGAUGGGCUACCAAAGACAGCAAGUUUCUCAAUCAUGAAGGUUAUGGCAUUGGGGACGAUGAAUACUCCUGUGCAUACGAUGGCUGCCGGCAGCUGAUCUGGUAUAAUGCCAGAAGUAAACCACAUUCCCAUCCCUGUUGGAAAGAAGGAGACACAAUAGGAUUUCUACUAGACUUGCAAGAAAAGCAAAUGAUCUUCUAUUUAAAUGGAAACCAGCUCCCUGCAGAGAAGCAAGUGUUUUCAUCUGCAGUAUCUGGCUUUUUUGCUGCAGCUAGCUUCAUGUCCUAUCAGCAAUGUGAGUUCAACUUUGGGGCAAAACCUUUCAAGUACCCACCAUCAAUGAAGUUCAGUACCUUUAAUGAUUAUGCCUUUCUGUCAGCAGAAGAGAAAAUCAUUUUGCCCAGACACAGGCGCCUGGCUUUGUUGAAGCAAGUGAGCAUCCGAGAGAACUGCUGCACGCUUUGCUGUGAUGAGGUAGCAGACACAGAACUCAGGCCAUGUGGACACAGUGACCUGUGCAUGGAGUGUGCCUUGCAACUGGAGACCUGCCCUUUGUGUCGACAGGAAAUACAAACUCGAGUCAGACACAUCUCUCACAUUUCAUGACACUUGGAGAAAUCCCACAGACUCCUUUGGUUCCUUUUCUAAUGAACUCCAACCAAUGCUGAGAGGGGAAAUCAUCUCUGACCAACCCUUACGCACACAGAACCGUAGCCACGGCCAGGUUUCAUGCUAAACCCCGUAACCUGUUUCUCUUCAAUCUUUCAAUAAGCUAUUGCAAGUUGCCAGCCCCCAGGGAUUUGGUUCCAAUCACAAGGAGAGCUGGUAGCUCAGCGUGCUAUGGCUGGUGGUUCCUCCAAGCAAGCCUGGAUGAGAGUGUCUCUUUCUCUCUCUUCCUCCCCCUUCUCACCUGUCUCAAGUGCUGAGGAAAUUUGCACUGGAAGUACACACACAAUGCAUUUUAGCAACAAAGAACUGUCUCCUAAACCAGGGCUGUUCUGUCAUGUGCUCAAAAGUCUCUAUUUUUGGCAGAAGUCAGGACUAAAAAAAGAGAAUGCCAAGGUUUUUCCUGUUCAAUGUAGCCUCCUGCUGGUCAGAGACUCUGGAUCUUCCAACGCUGGGUAUUAAACUUGCUCCAAGACUUUUGAUGUGGACACAGACUGCUGGGGAAGGGCAGUGUGGAGCCUGUGCAGAAACUCACAUGUUUUAAUAACUCCUGUGAUUCCAAAGAACGUUCUGAGUUAGUUUUAAACGUUAGAGGGUGGCUGGUAUUUUCAAGUACACGACCUUUCUGAUGCUUUUAACUCCAGUAGCCACAUUUUUUUGGUGAGGAUCUAGUUUUCAGGUGGUGUUCUUAACCAAUUGGACUGGAAUUCAUUUGAUAUCCUGGGUCUUUUUUAAGGUUUCAUUGAGCAUCUUUUUUUAAUCAGUGUUGUUCCUGAAAGCUGUGUUCUCUUUGGAAAUACUGAGCUGUCUGAAAAGAUGGGAGGAGAAAUUCUGGGCCAGUUGUUUUAAAAACAAAACAAAAAGAAGUGGUGUUUGCAUAACAAGUUUGGUCUUGUUCUGUUAACUCCUGAAAAAUGCCCCUUGCUUGCCACGUGUGGCUCCUGCUCUGAGCAGGUUGGGGGCCACACUCUGUGUUUGUGGUGGAGGUGACACAGUGGGAAUCUCUGCUCCAGUUCAAUCCCACGUUUGGAUGUUAAGGAUGCAUUUCAGAGGGCAGCUUUUGACUGGUUUAACUAGGUUUCUACAAGGAAUCAGGGUUCACAGCUGGUGUCAGUGGAGUAGCACAACAAUUGGUGGAGUUAAUGCUUGUUUUACACUGAGGACAUGACUCAGUCUCUUCCAAGACUUGUAGACAUUGCUUAUUUAUCUGGCUCUGUAGUAGAACCUUGCAGAUUCACACACAACUUGCACCAAAACUGUCCCAUGUCUUGGCAGUGGUUCAACAGCAGAGGCUCUUGGGGUGAAUUCUCAUGCUGUGGUGUGUCUUACUUUUAAAGUCACUGACUGGACUGUUGAGUAUUAAAGCAGGGCUGAGGCUCCUUCUUCCUGCUGAGCACUCUUGUUUCCUACUGAGCUCUACAGAAGCUCCAGAGCUCUGCACCCAGGUCCCAGAGUCAAGCUCUUUAGCACUUCCUUUUGCCUUCUGCCUUUGCUAACUCGAGGGUGCUGAAUUUCAGCUGGAGACUUAAACAGGGAAUUGGGAAAGUUCUGCCCAUCAUUUUCUUGUUGACUCUUUUCCAAAGCCAGGCUCAAUCCCAAAGUGCUGGUUAGGCUUUUUGCUGACAUGAGAAGUCUCUUCCACCUCAGAUGCCUGUUUGAAUCAGACUGGCACCUCUGAGCCAUGAGACCUCCUUUUCCUCCCUCCCUGAUGUUUUAUUGCUGUAGUCCACGUUGCCAGGCAGGGCUGAGUCCCUUCCUGCUUGGUGCUGAAUGAGCAAAAGGUGUGAACCCCAUCACUGCCACAAGGAUCUCAGAAUUUCAGAGUCACACUUGAAGUUUUAGAUGCUUCCAAAUGCAAGGGCAGGUGUUGAUCCCUGAGGUACAGAGCUACACGCUCUACUUGAAGGAAGAGGUGGGACAGAACCAUUUUGAACUCUGCCUUAAUAGAUUCUAGUAACUUCAGGGCUUUGGUUUCCCUGGCUAGGAUUAACUGAGGUAAAAUUUUCAGAAGUGCCUAGGACUCCUGGUUUGUCUCAACUGCUGCAUGAGAUUAAGCUCUUAGUCCCCAGUCCAUAAAGGCAACAAGGCUCUUCAGUCCCCUCCCUUUCAAGGGGCCAGGGGAAGAAACUAGCAGCCCUUGUGGCCUGGGCCCUAAGUUCCUGCAUUCUUGGCUGAUGAGAUGUGAAUGCUUUGGAAAAUUUUGCCCCAGCCUGUCUUCCCGUGCAGCUGGUGCUGGGCUGAGGCAGCCAGCCCUGCCCCACGAGCGACCUGUGGCCCAGAGAACCGUCCUCUUCAAUUCACAAAGGGAAAGACUCUCCACGUCCAGUGGCUUACAGCUGCCGUCCAGCCCGGGGGCAGCUUGGGGAAGCUCCAUCCUCCUCGCCUGCUGUGGGCCCCUCCCCUCCGUGCCCCGCAGGCUCUGGGGGAGGGCAGCCGCUGGCUCCACCCAGGAGUGUAGCAAAGUUGUCCGUUCAACAAUAAAACCUCUUGAAGGCCG